UGACGUCAUCACCCAGCUCCGGGAAGGUCUGAGCAGCUCGCGGCAGCAGCUUUCAUCCAGACCAGCCGACGGGCGACAACCAACCGCAGCGGUGCUUUAGCUUAGCAAGCCGCUCUCUGACUAACGGGAGUAGGCCACCUGUGUAGCGAGCUGUACUAUCGCACGUCUGAAUGUGUGCAGAUAAGGUAGCGCGCGUUUCUGCACUGACUUGAGCCUUUUAUGCAACCCGCCCUGCUCACCAGGCACCACCAUGUCCGACGCUGCUAACACUACGUCUACAAACAACAACGGAGACUCUGGGCUAAACGGGUCCUGGGUGGAGCUGGAGAUGAACAGAGGCACAGCCGGAGCGGCCCAGUCACCCUCCACAGAUGGCCCGGCCCCUGGCCUGCUGCCCCUCCCUCAGGUGGAGGAAGAGGAGGCCAUAGUGGGGGGGCUGGAGCACGUCCCGUCCUCGUCCUCCAUCCACAAUGGAGACAUGGAGAAGAUCCUGCUGGACGCCCAGCACGAGUCAAGCCGAAGCAACUCCUCCUGCGACAGCCCUCCGCGGCCCCACAGUCCCCAGGCUGACGGACAGAUCAUCUUUGACGUGGAUGUGAGCAGCAGGAGAGACAGUCUAUCAGAAGAGGACGUCUCAGACAAGGAGAGGGAUAUGGACAUACUGAUGAAGGACGCAGACUGGGUUGCUGACUGGUCUAGUAGACCGGAAAACAUUCCCCCCAAGGAGUUUCAUUUCCGUCACCCUCGUCGCUCGGUAACACUCAGCAUGAGGAAGACCAGGGUCAUGAAGAAAGGAGGAAUCUUCUCCGCUGACUUCCUCAAAGUCUUCAUCCCCUCGCUGCUACUGUCACACAUCCUCGCUCUGGGGGUGGGAGUCUACAUCGGAAAGAGGCUGACCACGCCACCCGCCAGCUCCUUCUGAGCCUGAAACGGAAGAAAAGUGCCUGAGACGUGGCCACGAAUCGUUGAAGAAAGUUUUGCUGUCGUGAGAAGAAAAAACGCCUGUGUCUUCUCCCUCUGUCCCGCCUGCCCCCCCGCCUCCCCUCCUUGUCCCUGAGAUAUGACAUGUUCUCAGGAGAAAUGCAUCUUUCCUUUCUCUCUCUUGCUCCCCUCCUUCUCGCCUACCCUUUAUUUCUUGAUCGGCUGUUCUCUGUAGAUACCCCCUCCCGCCCCCCUCCUGCCUUAUAUACUUGACUCAUUUAUGUAAGCUUUUAAAAAAUGAAUAAGGUCCCAUAUUUCCUUUUCUCCAACGAUUUGGAUUUGAUGUUUAUAAUGGGUGGCUUUUCAGGGAGGGUUGCAGCAUCAAACCAAACUCUUCUACUACACACUAUCCCUUGACCAUCUGACAACAAGGGAGGACUGUCCAGUUUGAGAAAUGACCACAGAUUGUGCCACCUACAUGAGUAGCCCAACACUCGGAUCUCUAAAAGGAUUCAACCAAAUUCAGAGUUGGCUUUGCAACCUGGAAUUGAAUUCAUGCCUUUUUGAAAGUAGCCAUUUUGUUACUUUUCUUUAAUAUAGUUUUUUUUUUUUUAAUUUUACAACAGUGUUUUAUUGAGAAGGUGCAGCAAUGAAAGGGGUUACCAUAGUGGCCAUCAUAAAUCUAAAACGCUCGUGAUUUGCAAUGCGGAAGCCUCUGGUUUAUAAAGAGAGAUUUAUGUGACUUUUCUGUGAUGGAAACUAGAUAUGCAAAUCUAUUCAAUUCUGCAUCCAAAUGAAUAUUUUGCAAAGUGACAAUAACUGGAACCAGAGUGUAGAUGUGUGCUGUGCAGGCAGGAAGUGAGUCCUUCUCAGCGUGUACACUAACAGUAUUUUGGGGUUGGGCCUUGGGUGAUGCCACUGCACGGUCCAGGAAUGUUCAGUGUCCACGUCGUUCUUCCAGUGAGCUUCCUGGUUUGUCUGCCACACAUUGUAGAGCUUGUUUGGUCCUGACGGCUCAGUUCCCCCUUACUUCUACUCCAGAUCGGAGAACUUGCGUUACUGACAUUUGUUUUAAGUGGUAAAUGCAUUUAAAAGUUAAGGUACACUAAGCAGGAUUUGUCCGUUGGUUGGUUGGUAGAGACACCGCAUUUAGAGUUGGCCCCUCCUUUAGCUGAGAAAGAGAAAGCAGGGGUGGGUGAGCAAGCUAGACAGUGAAUGGAGAGAGGGAGUGACAUCGGCGAGAACAUAGCCGUGAGUCAGAGGAAGAACUCGUUAUUUUCUGAUUGUUUCCCUGGCGACAUUCUCAAGCAUAAAUAACCACACCUGCGCCUCCGCACACCUCAGCGGGAAGGUGUGUGUGAAUGCAGAGCUUCAUCGCGUCGCUGCAUGUGUGUCUGUAUCAGUCGAACAGCACAAGCACAGCGACAGCGAGGUGACCGGGCUGCACACACUGCGUGCUUUUAUUGGCCGGGGGUUACACACCCAUGGGGGGCCCAAAGAGUGUGGUUGAUGGCCAGAAACAUCCCACACACAGCAAAAUAAGAAGAGAGGGCAGAUACAGACACCGCCACACGCUUCUAGUGGGUCAUAAGUAAUUAUUGAGAGGGAUUAUUUUUCCAUACAUUGUUUUUCAGGAAGAUGCUCUUUACAUACCUUCUUUUUUUGUGUGACUAUUUUAUGAAAGAUGAAAGCUUGAAAUCAUUGACUUUGAAUUUAAAGAUAUUGGUUGGAUCAGGAGAAUUGUUUUUAACGCCACUAUCUUUGUUAAAAUGUCCAGUGAUAACCAGCCCUGCUCUCUUAACACUCCAACGCGUUUGCCAAAAUGUCCACAGAAAUACUUCAUCAAGCUGCAGACGAGGGGAAGUGAUUCCAGGGUUUUGAAAGGCAAAAGGUUGGCCUCAGUUUGGCAUUUGCAGAUGUGCAGCGGCUUCUACUCGACUGAAGGGAGGUUAGAUUUUACCUAACAAGGCUCUACUUUAGGUGUAAACACAGGUACUUGGCUAGUAUGUUCAGUAAGGUCCACAGCAUGAUUAAAAAGCUUGAUAUCAGAAAUCGGGGGGGGGGGGGUGAGUGGCUGGACUGUGGUCAGUUUUUGUCCCAAGGCCCUCCCACAGCCAGUCCUGGGUCAAGUAAUAUUUGAUUUAGAAGUGAGUUUUUUGAUUUCUUUUCUGCAAAUGUACAGGUUUUUACUUAUGGGAUGACACAUUGAGUUUCAGUUUUAAAGGCGAGCAUUAUACUGCCGGACGUUACUUUGUUGGCUUUUCAAAAAAAUAUUUUACGAUAACUUAAUUUCAGUGUUACAUUUCCUUAAGAAAGAAAAAGAAGACGGAAAAAAAUUCCAAAGAAGUGACUUCUAUGAGCUCGGAUCAAUGUAAGUCAUAACUAUGAGGAAGAUUUUAGUUUAGCGUUCGUCGACCCCACUUGAAGGCACAGAUGUGAAAGUAUCUGAAAGUUCUACUUGAAGUUAAAGUAGAAUUAGGCUCAUUUUGAAUUAAAAAAAAAAAUAAUAAUAAUAAAAGCUGCAAAUGCUAUUUGACCCAGCAGGUGGACUCAGGACGCGUUGCCUUUUUGUUUUCCCUCGUACAAGUCCGUACCUUCCAGCAGUGGCUGGGGUUCGUCUCUGUUUGGGCCCCAGAGGGGCCUGUGUUUGUACAUGCAGCGUUUGACAGCGCUAUUUUGGAUUGUUCUUUCCUGUUUGGUUUGUUUUAAGUAGUCUGUUUUUCCCUGUGAUGUUGCGGAAUGAGUGAAAGCACAGAGCGGAAGUCAAGUUUAAAAGUGUGAAAAUAGAACCUCUAUUGUUGAUGGCCGGACCUGAUGUGAAUAUAGGAGAGUGAAGUGUGGAAAGAGACUUCCCUCAGGCUGUGAUGGUCUAACAGUAGUUAUUGUAAUAAUGCAUUCGCUUUGAUUUUCUUUUUCCCAUUAAAUUGGAAGAAUUGAUAAAACAUUUUGUCAUUAAAGGUUACCUGAAUGAAGCUUUUCA